CUCAGGUAGUGCUCAGCAUAAAAUGGAUUCCCUCAGCACAGCGAACGUUGAAUUUUGCCUCGAUAUGUUCAGAGAGCUGAACAAUAACAACGUAGGAGAUAACAUCUUCUUUUCCCCGCUGAGUCUGCUUUACGCUCUAAGUAUGAUCCUUCUCGGUGCCAGAGGGAACAGCGCACAGCAGGUGGAAAAGGUGCUUCACUUUAAUCAUAUUGCGGAAUCAUUAAAACCGGAGUUUAAGGGCUCAGCUAAGUGCAGCCACGCUGGAAGGAUUCACUCAGAGUUUGGAGUCCUGUUCUCUCAAAUCAUUCAACCAGACUCUAACUACACCCUCAGCAUCGCCAAUAGACUCUACGGGACAAAGGCGAUGUCAUUCCAUCAGCAAUAUUUAAGCUGUUCUGAGAAAUUUUAUCAAGCCAGGCUGCAAACUGUUGAUUUUGAACAGUCUACUGAAGAAACAAGGCAAACUAUUAAUGCUUGGGUUGAAAGGAAGACUAAUGGAAAGAUCACAGACCUCUUUGGAAAGGGCACAAUCGACCCUUCUUGUGUAAUGGUCCUGGUGAAUGCCAUUUACUUCAAAGGACAAUGGCAAAAUAAGUUUCAAGAAAAAGAGACAAUCAAAACCCCUUUUCAGCUAAGUGAGGGUAAAAGCGUAACUGUGGAAAUGAUGUAUCAAACCGGAACAUUUAAGCUGGCCUUCAUAAAGGAGCCGCAGAUGCAAGUUCUCGAGCUGCCCUACGUGCACAAAAAACUAAGCAUGAUUAUUCUGCUUCCAGCAGGCACAGCGGCUCUAGAGCAGGUAGAGAAGCAACUGAGUGUGAAGACGUUUCAUAAGUGGACCAGCUCUUCCAACAUGGUGGAGAGUGAGGUCGAGGUUCACCUGCCCCGAUUCAAACUGGAAAUCAAGUAUGAGCUGAAUUCCCUGCUAAAGUCCCUCGGGAUGACAGAUGUCUUCAACCAGGUCAAAGCCGACCUUUCUGGAAUAUCACCAGACAAGGGCCUGCAUUUGUCAAAGGUCAUCCACAAGUCAUAUGUGGAUGUCAACGAAGAGGGCACUGAGGCAGCGGCAGCCACUGGGGACAACCUUGUCUUAAAAAGACUCCCCAUUCGAGCCAAGUUCAUGGCGAACCGCCCCUUCCUGUUCUUCAUAAGGCACCUUGAUACCAACACCAUUCUCUUCUGUGGCAAGCUCGCCUCUCCCUAAGCAAAUGGGAUUGAGCAAGGCUCAGAGUCACCGAGGAGGUGCAGGGACAAACCGUGACU